GCUGACAAGUUCUGAGGACUGGGCUUCUUCACCGCUGCCUUUUCAUUCUCCGGUAUAGCGGACGAGACGUCAUGGACGGAUUCUAUGAGAGCGAGCUCACAAGGAACCGAGGGGUCGCUCGUCAUUACUGCCUGCUUGCUCGCUUCCCUCCCUCUCGUUCGCGAUGUUUCUGAGUGCGGGUCAGCGCGUGGGGAUGUGCGGGUGAGGGUAUGUGCAUGAAAUGAAAUAAACCGAGACCAGUUGAGGAGUUGCCUCUCGAGAUGCCGGGUUGUUUCUCGAAGGGAAUGAGACAUCAAUGACUCCAAUCAGGGACGAAUUAAAUGUGAUUCAGUUUAAAAGCCAAACCGGUGUUGGAAUGCCACGGUGAAGUGAACUCCCAAGAAAGGGUUACAAGAACCUGCUUGAAAAAAAAUUAGGCUUGAGUGGCGUCGUUCAAUUCAGUCUGGUGAAUGUGAAUGGUGCUUUGAACUGUAAGAAUAUUGAUCACUCUGCUGCUGCCUUUUAAGAGCGGAUUUGAAGGUUGAGGCUCUGUCCGAGAAACUUUUCGAAAAGAUAGAACGUCAAGGAACAAAGUCUCAUCUCGAGUAAGUUAAUCGGUGGAGAAACGGGGUAGUCCCAUAAUGAGGACGAAGCUGUCAGACCCAAGAAUUCUUUAAGAGAAGAAAACUUCCAGAGAUCCGCUGUGGCAAGUGCGAUGAACGAUUCUUUUUUAAAAGUCUAAAAAAGUUUCAUCCACAAUGUAACAUUCAUCGUUCGGCGUGUGCUCAAUCAGACGAGAGCGAAGGUGUGCUAUGUCUCCCGGCUUGUUCGUCUCCAGAAGGCCAAUUUGGCCAAUGAAGCGUCCUGGCAGCAUGUGGAUUCAAUGGGAGAAGUUCGCCGGCCAUUUUUGGAACACUUUCCUCUUGGUCCUAGUGGCUGGGCCGAGUGCAACAAAUCAACUGGAUCUUGGGAGCCAUUUUGUGAGCGACUCGAGCAAAUUUCAUAAGGGGACAGGUCCUACCUUCAUUUUCCUCGUCCUGCACAUUAUGACAGGUCUGCAAAUACAACUCUAUACGAAGAGAUCCCAAGGCCCCUCGAAUGCAGUUCGUUAGAAGAGAAAACACACCAGUUCCUCAUGUUCACAACCUCGGUGAUGGCAGUGGUCCGUUUGGCCCCUCAAACCCGGCAGAAUUGAGGUCGUGAAGAUGGUUGGUCGAGAGCCAAAGGAUACUUUACCAAAUUUUUGCUCGGAAAGUUUGGGUCUCGAGGACAGAAGUGGGGGAUUGCCAGAUGCAGCCUUUACGGCCUCUUCCAGUUAUGAUUCGGCCUCAGUGGGACCCCAAAACGGACGACUGCAUUUUGACUCAAGCGGCGGAGCUUGGUGCCCGUCACAAACCGUGAGCAAAGAGACCGUCCAAGAGGAGUUCAUCGAAGUGGACUUGGGCUCCAUGUUCGUGAUCACCGAGACCAUGACUCAAGGACGGUUCGGAAAGGGGCGUGGCCAGGAGUAUGCCGAAGCCUACACCAUUCAAUACUGGCGACCCGGAAUGAUGGAUUUCAAGGACUAUCGCGAUAACAUGGGUCGAGCGAUUCUUCCCGGAAACGCCAAUACAUACUCUGUGUCGAAUAAUACCCUUAAUCCGGCUAUUAUCGCUAGCAAGAUUCGUUUCUUACCGUAUAGUGACCACCCUCGGACAGUUUGCAUGCGAGUGGGUCUUAGUGGUUGUCCAUUUAGAGAAGGCGUGACGGCUUACUCCAUUCCACAAGGCAUGAUUCGUGGCUCCAUGUUGGAACUCAUGGAUCACACUUUCGAUGGACACGAAGAUUCGCUCACGGGAGAUUUGCGAGGGGGAUUGGGACAAUUGGUGGACGGGAAAUAUGGUCGUGGAAAUUUCAAGGCCGCCGGAAUGAAUGGCCAAGGGAAAGGAUAUGCUUGGUUGGGUUGGAAAAGGCGACCCUCGGGUUAUGUGAACUUGGUGUUUACUUUCGAUCACAUCCGGACGUUCUCUCGAGUGGAUAUUCACGCGAAUAAUCAUUUUACGAAAGACAUCCAAGUGUUCAACCAGGCCAAGAUCUACUUCUCCAAUGAGGAGGAUAAGUUUGGCGAUGAUCGCUUCGUGGAUUUCUCCUACAUGCCAGACCUAGCUCUCGAGAAUGCUCGAAAUGUCAGUAUCAACCUCAAAGGGGAACACGGUCAAUAUGUCAUGAUUCAGCUGUAUUUCGAAGCCAAAUGGAUUAUGAUCAGCGAGGUAACCUUUGUCUCGAAGCUCUACUCGGAUCAGAAGGCCCUUUUCCCUCCGAAUUCAAUUACGGUGAACCAGAAUUCCAUUCAUCACCGCAACACGCCAGUUGAGGAUCUCGUGCUUACCCCACCCGACCAUCACUCUCCCAUCUACGAUGACGAAGACUUCCGAGAGGUCCCAGGUUCCGAGAGGCCAAAAGUCAAUAUCGACAUUUCGUCCCCCAGUGACAAGAAGACCACGCCCGACAUCUAUAUCCAAUCAGAAACCGACUCCAACGUGGUGGGCAUAGUCAUCGGACUUCUUCUCACGGUGAUAUUGCUUCUUUGUGGAGGCAUCCUCAUCGUCGUCUACCGAGGGAAACGAGCUCAAAAGAGCACACCCACUUAUUCCCUGCUCACAAGGAAAUUCAAUUUUGUCUCCCACGAGACCAAUAACAAGGCCAUGGGUGGUGGGAACGAUGCUUUUCCACAUCAUGUAUACACUCCAUAUUCGACUUCGACCACAGCCAAGACCACCCUGUAUUGUGGGCGGCAAAAUAGCAACGGCAGCAAUGAUCGGGCCUAUCAAACGCAGGAGACGAUCUAUGAGGAGCCCAUGAAUUCCAAUCAAAUGUACACGUCCACCACAGGAGGCUUCUUGAGUUUGAACCGAAAGUUCAACAGCGAUCCCGUCCUUUCCGAGGACUGUCCCACGGAUGAAUAUGCUGAGCCGCAGAACAUCAUUUCUGCGAACUCAUUCAACGAGAACAUCUAUGCCCAAGCAAUAUCGCCCUCUUCCUCCUCGUUGUCACCUCUUGACCACAUGACGACUUCCAAUAAUAGCAAUAGCAACGCUAAUAUCAAUCGACCUGUGAUUCUUCAGCCUCUCCCGAUCACUCAUUAUGCUCGUCCGAUGAGCCCACCAACCAUAUCUUCACCCAUUUCGGCCAAAGUGUCGCCGCCUAAGUACUCGUCAGUGGUUCCACCCUCCAUGAGAAUGAAACCCCCUUCGUUUUCCGCUCUAAUGACCUCGACACCUUCUUCCUCAACCGUUACCCCAGUCCGAUCUCCGAUGGUUCCCAUCCUCGUACCCGAUUUCACAUCGACCUUGGAGCCCAGUACCACCACUUCCAGGAGUAGUAGCAAUAGCACCGCUGUGGGCACUGUUCCGAUGGAUAUCAAUGACAACGGCUACUACGCAUCCGUUGAUGUGAGCAUCCCGGACGCGGUUGAGCUGGCCAAAUUGUACGCUCAAAUUGAUCGGACAAACGACACCUAUCUUCCACGGCAACCAGUUCGUAGCGUGUCCAUUGACACCGUCACCGUGAAGCUCAACGAAGUCCCCAGAUCACGCCUGUAUCCUCUCGAGAAGCUGGGUGAGGGACAAUUUGGUGAGAUCCAUCUUUGUCAGCUCGAGGAUGAGAAUGGCCAUGACAAGAUUGUGGCCGUCAAAUCUCUCAAAGCGGAUUCAAACGAGAGUGCCAGGUCGGAUUUUGAGCAGGAAGCUCGGAUUCUGACAUCUUUGGACGAUGUGAAUCUAGUCAGUAUUAUUGGGGUUUGCUUUGAAGGUGAACCGUACAGCAUGGUUUGCGAGUACACCGACAUUGGUGACUUGAACCAAUUCCUCCAGGAUCACAUUGCAGAAACCUCAUUGUCUAAGUCACCAGGAGUCCCCACUCUCAGUUAUGGAAGCCUCAUCUACAUCGCGGCACAAAUUGCGUCCGGUAUGAAAUACUUGGAGAAUCUGAACUUUGUUCAUCGAGAUUUGGCAACCAGGAACUGCUUAGUGGGACCCAAUAAGCUAGUCAAAAUAUCGGAUUUUGGGAUGAGUCGCGAACUUUAUCGGAACGACUACUUUAAAAGUCAGGCGGGAUGUCUGCUUCCCAUUCGAUGGAUGGCUUGGGAGUCUGUUCUCAUGGGAAAAUUCAGUACCAAAAGUGACGUGUGGUCCUUUGGAGUCACUCUGUGGGAAAUUUUGACAUUUGCCAGAUCGCAGCCUUUCGAAACUCUCACGGAUGAGAAAGUCAUCGGAAACUUGUCUCAUCUCUAUCGGAACGAUCGUCCUAAUGUGAUCCUUCCCGUUCCUCGUGGCUGCCCCAAAGCGGUUUGGGAGCUCAUGCGAGAGUGUUGGAAUAAGGAGGACAAAGAGCGUCCUUCGUUUAGAGAAAUUCAUCUCUUUCUACAGAGGAUGAACCUCGGGUACAGCCCUGAUAAGGCUGAAGCCUGAAUGACAAUCUCUCGUCUGUGGAAACACAACUUAUGGACAUAUCAUGAAGAGAGAAAGAGAAGUCCCGAUAGUUAAACCCGUUGUUCACUUGCUUUAAUGUUGGAUUGCUCUAUCUCGCUUUCCUCAGCACAUAGAGUCAGUCCUCCUCUUCGUCGUGGUUAUCAUCAUCAUCAUAUCAAAUUAUUCAUUCAUUUAUCGCGUGCCUUCUGUUGUGAGGAUACGCGAGCUUUUGCUACAGCUUUUCUAAUAUUUUGAAACCAAACCAAACUCAUCAUUUUUUGAUUGAUUUUCUCCUUCAUUUGGGCUGUGAUUGUACCAUUUCUACUCUGCAUUAGCACCAUCAUAUCUGCCAUGGUCGUCGUGGCAAACUCUUGUAAUUAUUGUCAUUAAGCAACAACAUACUGAUGCUGAUAAUAAAUUUGAUUUUUAAGAUACCCGA